AGACAUAGCGAGAGAGAGAGAGAGAGAGUAAUGGGGUUGUCGUAUUAGGGAGGGGCUGUGAAUGUUGGAAGCUAAGGAAGCAAGCAAAAGCAUACACAGAGAGAGAGAGAGCAAACCCCCUCAAAAAGUCUUCUCAUGGUAUAGUCUGUCCAUCUAUGGCUCAAAAAGGCGGCACCGUCUCACGGCAACACCACCCGCAGGCUCCCAUCUCAUAUAAACCAUCUUUCCCAAGUUCUUGAUUAGAUGCUUUUCCUCUGUCACCAGAAGGAAGAACGGAGUCGGUUGCAGACUGGGCACGUGCAUGAGUACCGGUUCGUUGGGUCGGGUUUGAGGAUGUUGUGUUCCAUGGCAAGAAGAUGAAAUUGACGGAAACGGGAGGUGGAUUUGGUUUCGGAGGUUACGGAGAGGGUAGUGGUGGUUCAGCUUUUGCUAAUUCUUCUUCUGCUGCUGCCACAAAAUCUCUUCUUCCCUUUAGUUCCUCUGCUGCUGCUGCUGCUGCUUCUGCUCUCGCUGAUACUUCAUUCCUCAGUCCCUCUUCUUCCUCCCCAGGAGAAACGAUGGGGAACCCAAGGGCAGCUUUCACACUCGCGCAGAGGGAAGAACUGGAGAGGCAGACAAUGAUCUUCAAGUACAUGGUGGCCUCUAUUCCUGUUCCUCCUCAGCUCCUCUUGCCCCUGAAAUCAAACACCACACUCGGCUGGACUCGGAAUUCGAGCUCAUCAUCUUCAGAUCCGGAGCCGUGGAGAUGCAAGAGAACGGACGGUAAGAAAUGGAGGUGCUCCAGGGAUGUGGCUCCGCACCAGAAGUACUGCGAGCGUCACUCACAUAAGAACCGUCCCCGUUCAAGAAAGCCUGUGGAAUUCCUCAGUAACAACGCCGCUAUCAAGCCGCCUAUGCAAUCUAGAGACUCGACCCUCGUUGGUUCGUCCGUCACCGGUCAGGAGUCCCUUUCUCAUCUACUUCCUUACCACACCCAGAAAGAGUUCUCUCAUGCUGUGGUCUCUGCUACUCCAAGGAGCUUGGAGUGGUUCAUGAAAGGAGAAGUAAUUGCUCUUCCCAAUUCAGACCAAUUACAGUGGCAGCACCCACCUCAUCAGCAUCAGCAACAGCAACAACGGCAUAGGCCUCUGAGCUCUUAUGGGCCUGACCAAGAACUCCAAGCCCAAGGAGGAGGAGGCCUUAUGAAUGACCAGUGUAGCUUGUUACUUGGGAUGGCCUCUUUGGAAGGUCAUAACUGCCCAAAGGGAUCUGCUUCUUCAUCCAAAAGGGAACCAGUAUCAUCUCUAAGUUUGGCCAUGUUCGGUGGAAGGGGAGAAGUUGGAGAGGAAGGCGAUGAUGAUGGAAGGGAGAGUGUCGGGCAAAUGGACCUUGGAGUCAGGCUUAAUAUUGUCAGUAGUACUGGGGAGUGUGAGAGGAGAGUUGAGUCGAGGCCCCAUUGGAUGAGCCCCGGCGGGCCACUUGCCGAAGCCUUAUGCCUUGGCACAACAAGCAUUGGGAAAUCAUCCCCAAGUGACCUGUCCUGACUCCUAAUGGACGAACUUAAGGUAAAACAGUUAGGUAACAAGUAAAUCCUUUUGAGAAUGCAGUUCGGCAACUUUCUUCUCCUCCUGUCUCGGUCAGUCUCUGGAAAGGAAAAAGCUGAUGGGAAUGAUCGAGACAAAGAGAAGGAAAAUCGUUUUGAAUUGAAACAUAAAACCUCUGUUAGAUAGCUGACACGAACUUGCAAGGAACAUCGAGAGCUGUUGAUUCAUUUUGUUUCUACGAUUUGUUAACUUGCUACUGAAUUUAGAGCACUUUAUUCCCCUUCUUGUGUUUUCCUGCCUCGUAAUAUUUGCAAGCAUCCUAGUAUUUCUGAAUUUAUCUCGCCGCCUCAUGAAAGAGCGGCUUUUUACUGCUUA